UUGGAGAAAAAAAAGUAAAAGCGGCCAUAGAUGGCGUUACCGUUCACAUCGCUCGCCUAUCGCUCGCUGGCUGCAGAAAGCAGAAUUAGGCCUAUUAGUACUGUGCGCUGCCUGUUUAUGUCUGACGAACUACGCGACUUCAAUGCUCGAUAAAACCUGACCCGAUGUGUGUGCACAACCGAAUGUGAUUGUUCGGCUGCGAGGCGGUGGGCCGGGUGGACGCAAGAUGCGGUAUCUGGAGUGAAUCAUUCCGGGAAGAGAAUAUUAAAACCGCACUUGGAAUUGACAGAAAAAUCAAGAUGGCCUCCGAGACGUCUUCGGUCGCCGCUGCAGCCACCGAGAUUGUCGCCUACGAUCCCGGCACGACGGAACUACGGGAAAGCACCGUUUCAGAAAAGCCUCCGAAGCCAAAACCACCGCCUAUUGAUGUGAGUGCAGCACAGCAAUACCAGCAGCCGGACAACAAGACGCCCACCACCAACCAGCCCCAGACACCGGGCAGCUCGGCGUACAAGAGCAAGCUGGACAAGGAGAAGAAGAUCGGCCACCGCAGGGUUGAUGAGGAGGGCCAAAUAACUUAUAAAAAGAUUCAAACGUCCCAAAUUAUAGGUUCAAUUCAACUAGGCAUAGGCUAUGCAGUGGGCAGUCUGGCUUCGAAACCAGAACGAGAUCUGUUGAUGCAGGACUUUGCAAUGGUAGAGUCCAUCUUUUUCCCAGGGGAAGGAAGCAAUCUCACUCCGGCACAUCACUACAGCGACUUCAAAUUCAAGGCGUAUGCUCCUGUGGCCUUUCGAUACUUCAGGGAUCUGUUCGGUAUCCAGCCGGAUGACUUCCUUCUUUCGCUGUGCAACGAGUCUAUGCGGGAGCUGACGAAUCCCGGUGCCAGUGGGAGCAUUUUUUAUCUCACCAACGACGACGAGUUCAUCAUCAAGACGGUGCAGCACAAAGAGGCGGAGUUUCUGCAGAAUCUUCUGCCUGGCUACUACAUGAACCUCAACCAAAAUCCGAGGACACUGCUGCCCAAAUUUUUUGGGCUCUACUGCUACCAGUGCGGUGGCAAGAAUGUACGGGUGGUGGUGAUGAACAACCUGCUGCCCUCGGUGGUGCAGAUGCACCAGAAGUAUGACCUGAAGGGGUCGACGUACAAGCGCAAGGCCAACAAACACGAGCGGAACAAGCGCUCGCCGACUUACAAAGACCUGGACUUUCUGGAGCAGCACCCAGACGGCAUCUUGCUCGAGGCGGACACUUACAACGCCCUCGUCAAGACUAUCCAGAGAGACUGCAGGGUUUUGGAAAGUUUCAAAAUCAUGGACUACAGCCUUCUCGUAGGCAUUCAUAACCUCGACCAGGCAGCGAGAGAAAGAGCCGAACAGCACUUUCAGGGAUCCAAAGACGAAGUGAAACUCAAUUCGGCCGGGUCAGAGGAAGAUGCGACGAGCUACAGGCCUACAGGGUCGGGGCUGACCAGGAGCAAGUCCGUAAACCGGCAACGGCUGGCGGCCUUCUCCACCGCCAUGGAGUCCAUCCAGGCGGACGUGGAGCCCAUCGACCAUGACGAGGACGUGCCAGCCGGUGGCAUCCCAGCGAGGAACUCCAAGGGAGAGAGGCUACUUCUUUUCCUUGGAGUCAUCGACAUUCUGCAAAGCUACCGGCUCAAAAAGAAGCUUGAACACACCUGGAAGUCAAUGUUUCACGAUGGGGAUUCUGUUUCAGUGCACAGGCCCAGCUUUUAUGCGCAGCGGUUUCAGGACUUCAUGGCCAAGAGGGUGUUCAAGAAGAUCCCCUCUCUGGACCUCCCCGAAAUCAAAGGCCCACAUCGCAAAUUUAGAGCCCUGGUGUCUAGUGUCUUAGCGUUGAAACACUCUCCAUCGAAAAGAAAAGGAGCCGUGGGGAGGACGCGCCAGGUUUCCGCCAACGAGCAGGACAUCAUCAAGGAAGAGACGGAGGCGGAUUCGCCACCGAGAGAUCAAGGUGCUGAGCUGCCAGUGUUGGAAAAAAACUCGGUGUUCAAGUUCAGUGACGGGGAGACGGUGGCGGGGGAGGGCGUGACCUCGCCCUCGCGUGCGGUCGGAGCCGAGCGGGGCAAGCCCCGGUCCAACGCAGAUACCGUCGUGCGAACGGCCGUCCUCCGCUCUGCCGCGGCCACGGUCACCGUGAGGACCUCCGAAACAAUCAGUUCGAGCACUCCCGGCCUGGGUCCGAGCAUGCGCACGCUGACGUGGACCCCACCGCACAGCGUCGAGGGGUCCACCCCCACCCACACGGAGGGCACCCCUUCCUUCACCGAGUCCAGCUCCAGCGGAGACAUCGCCUGCCCUACAACUCCCCUGAAGAACUGGAUGAACAAAGGGUCCCAGCCAUCUCUCGGUGACGCGCAGGGGCUCCACGAGACUGAAAUGCUAGUGGCCGCCGCUGCCUCUGUGCAUCACGACCUUAAUCCCAUUAACGAGGAUUGAAUGGAAAGAGAAACCGCCUUGAAACGGCCGUGCGUGUAGUGUGGUGUCAAGUGGAACGACCAGUCUGCAUGUGUGUCUGUGUUUUCUCUUCUUUUUUUUUUUUUUUUUACUUCUUCUCUUUUUUCACUUACCUGGCCCAUCGAACAGACUAGGAAGGACUGUUUUACAGAGAGGCACGUGCCGUGUCCGCCCCUCCCCCCCACUCCCACUUCUACCCGGUCAACCUCAGCUCCGACCGCCCUUCAAAAUACCGGCCCAUUGCCUCCGCCCCUGCCUGCCCCAUCACCCCUGCCACCGCCCUUUCAUUUUUUCGUUUUUGCUGCAGUUUUUUAAGUGCAUCCGAUGUUCGGAGUUUGGGGGGUUCUGCUGUGUCCACCCGUCACACUGUGCACCGAAAGUGCUGUCUUCGUUUCUUUUUUAUUUUGCUGUAACUCAAAGUUUCGUGCGGGUCUGUGGUUUCAUGUCUCAUGGACGGCCCUGUUUGUGAGUGUUGUUUGGGAGGUGACGACUUGCAAAAUUGAAAUACAAAGGUUACUUGAACAGUUGGAGGAGGAGAGGCUUAUUUAUGUGUUUUGUUACGUGUAGCUCCGCGUGGAAAGGGCGGGAUUUGUUCAAACUCCGAAGGCAGCGGGCCACUCCUGUACUCAAGUGCUUCACGGUGUGAGAGGAACUGCGCUUUUUCCUUUCUCCAAGCGUAUGUGUUUGUGAUGACUUUUAGUGUCUGCAUUUCUUUUUGUUGUGCCACCGAUAACCUGUUCAGUCUGCUCACCCUGUGCAUAAUCUGUUGUUACCAUCACCACUCCAACUAGUGCUGUUAUUCAAAUUGAGAUGUUGUUAGCCUUCACCAUGACCCUCAUAACUGUUGUUGUUUCAUACAGUUUGUACUAUAGUAUCUACAGUGAGACUGCUACAAAGGAGAAUGGAACAAAGGUGCUAGUGAGCCUCUUUUAGUGUUUUUAUUGAAUACACAUUAAGACUACACUGUUCCACGGUACUUGGACUUAACUGGAGAGAAGCAGCUGCAAUGUAUAGCGUCCUACUGUUUUGUUUUUGGCCGGCACGUCUUUCGUGUCGGCUCGCUGUGGGUUAGGGACGGGCUUCGUCUGUGCACCGGACACCUCUGCCCUGGGACUGUGCCGCCCUCUAAUUUUAAGUGUGAAUCUGUAAAAACUUGAGUGCCAUUUCCUGAAUGUCUCGUCUUAUGCCCACACCACAUUUUAAUUGCUGCUUUUCCUGGCUGCCAGCUUCAGCUUUCUCUGUUGCCUCUACUGUAACUGAAGACUGGCAAUUUGAAUGCAAUCGUCAGUGACAAGGUUCUGGCUCCACUAAGAGUGGAAGAUGGUUUUAAACAAUAAAUGCUCAUGCCACUGCUUCACGAGAGCAACACAACUUUUGUCUUGUGCGAAGUCUUAUUAACAGGUAGUCGUGCUCUUUUCUCUUAUUUUUCUGAAUGCUAAUCGCAGGUCUAGAUUGGGUAAGUAACCUAGAACAUUGUGUGUAUCCACGUGUUGUGUUGUCCUCGGUUUCGGGCCCCGUUGGAUUGUGGUUCAUCUCCCGCUUUUGUUGUCCAAUCGUAAAGCAACAAAUGCUGCCUUUCUUUUUUUUUUUACUUUGUUAUUUUGUUUAUUUUGCAUGAAAAGGCAUGUUCGGUUGUUGGGUCCUAUUAUCGUGCUCAAGAGUUUCUUAAACUCUAUUGGAGACACCCAUAAUUAGAGAAGCAUGAGGGGUCAUCAGUUAGAACCAACUUGGAAUUUGCAAAAUCACUUCCUCCUGUAGAACCACUCAAAUUAUUUUUGGCCUCAGCUUGGAACUUUAUUUUUAAAUUUUUUUGGUAGAAUAGAUUUAUGCCUGUAGUACAUAUACUUUUUUUUUCUUGGCCUUUGUGAACGCAUGUUUUUUUUGUUUUAAUGUGGUUGUGGUGUCUUAACACUUAAUAUUUAACUGGCUAUAUUGCUGGGGGAAAAAAGCUAAUGCAAACUCUAACAUUCUUUUUGCAGACACGUCUCUAGUCUUCCACAGAAAGUGCAACCGACUUUGCAAUGACCGGCUUCCAGCCACACCAGGUUUUCCUGCAUUCAAGGUUUCAGGUGUCAAGAAUAGUUGUAUAUAUUUGUGUGCCCUGUAAAGACAAAAAGGAAAAAAACGUGAAACAAUACUGCUUUAGGCCUCAGUCCCAAGUAUUCAGGACUGAACACUAACUUAUCUCUCUCUCUCUCUCUCUCUCUCUUUCUCUCUCAAUCUCUGUCCUUUUUUUUUUUCUUGCAUCAACCAAUUGCUUUUCACCUGUUAUUUUCAUCAGGUUAUGCAGUUUCAUUGUGUACAUAACUAAAUAAAACUGAGAUGCCAUGCA